AUGUUUACACCAACAACCUGUUUGUCUUGUAAUCAUUUGAAUAAUUACGAUAAUCUAAAACUGGUAAAAACAGAGUUAGAUAAUAAUCAAGCGAAUCAGUUUGAAUUAGAAAAAACUCAAGAAUCCUAUUGGACAGUGAUUGUUAUAACGUCAACAAGCAGAGAAAGUUCAUAUGCAUUUUAUUCAGUACUUCGUCAGCGUCAACGAUAUGGUUUAAUAAAUAAAAAUACCACUAUUUUAACAGUAGAUGAUUCUGCAGAAAAACUUGGUAGUGGUGGUGCCACAUUAAAUGCCUUACUUAGAGCUGCAGAACAAUUGAGUGCUAAAGCGGGAUAUUCUAUGGUCAACUCUAACGUAUUACAGCAAGCAAAAAUUCUUAUAUUACAUACGGGUCGAACAUUUCCUUAUGAUUCGUGUCAUCGUUUAAUGGCUACAUUACCAAUUCGUUUCAGUUCAAAUUGUCCAUGGUUAUGGACGAAUUUAGAUUUACUCUUACAUGAUUUCAAUUCAAUGGUUGUCGAAAAUGAAACUUUUUAUGAUCAAAAAAUUCCUGGCGAUAGUGAUAUUCAUGCAUUUGCAACAAUGGAAAAUGUUGAUUAUGCAUCCAAACAUGGAACAUACAAACUGAAUAAUAACAACAUAAUCACUGAUAUAUUAUAUCGUGCUCCUAUAGCUGAACUGAACAAAAUUGCUGUUGACAAUAAAGUUCCAAUCGUUUCUAGUAUUGUCUAUUUUUCUCCAAAUUUCGGAGAAAAAUUAUUGGGAUUUCAUUCAAUGCCUCCAUUAGAUGGUUGUACAUACGAAGGUCUUGAUAGUGGCUCAAAACCUAAUCAGCUGUCACUUUAUUUUGAUUUUUUGAUGGCAGCGUGUUCAGAUGUGACAUACGAUAGAUAUUUAGCAUUUAAUCAUCAAAAUGAAGAUCAAAAUAAACAAUCAAAAGCAUUUUUAUGGACACAAUUAAAUGAGAAAACAAAAUUGACUUGUGGCAUAUUGCCUGAAAGUAGUUUUUGUUAUAUUGAGAGUGAUUGGUUAGAAUAUAAGCAGAAUUUAUUUGAGAAUAUUCAUUCCAAACGUUCAGAUAUCGAAUGGAAUCAAAUAACACAUUCUCUAAUUCAAACGAAUUGUCUAACAAGCAAAAAUUCAAUUAUAAUCAAUUCUAUUGUACAAAAAAAAAGUGUUUUUGAUCAAAAUGUAGUUAUACAAGACUCAAUUAUUGGAAAUAAUAUACAUAUUGGAGAAAACUGUUUUAUUAAAGGUGUUGAUCUUUCUCAAGAGCCAUCUCGUAUAUUUAUUCCGUCGAAUAUAAUUCUUCAACGAACAAUUUUGAGCUUAAAAACAGGCAAUACUUCAUCCAGUCAUCUUGAUGUUUACACAAUAUUGGGUACCAUUGAUAAUGUUGAUCGAUCAUUCAGACAUGAACAAUUUACAAUUUUAAAUAUGUCAUGGACAACAUUUUCUCAACAAACUAAAAUUAAUGAAUCAGAUUUAUGGCCAGAUAUAUAUACUAAUUCUCCGGAUAAAUGUACACUAUUUAAUGCUAAAUUAUAUCCCAUAUUCAACUUUGCAUUAGAAUUGACUCUAACACAAUCGCUAUUAUGGCUAUGUCAAGGUCAAAGCGGUGGUUUCAUUCAACAAUGGAAAUCAUCCAUGCGUUUAUCAUUGGAAGAAAUUUUGAAUUAUACAAAUAUCCGACAAGAAUUACAACGUCGUCGUGAUCUUUAUCAUAUUAUAUUACGUGAAAAAAUAAUUGAAAUUCUUUUGGAUAAAAUUAAUAAUCAAUCGUAUUUACCAUUGUUAAAACAGACAAUAUUUGAUGGUUAUUCGCAUCAAUUGCUGAAAACAUUGGACACAGCAUGUUUAGAGUAUUCGAAAAAUAUAAAAAUAUUAUCAAAACUAUUUUCCGCAAUAGCCAAUGCAUUAGCAUAUAUGGCAGGAGAAAAUGCUGGCCUCCGAUCUGGACCCUAUUUAAAUAAAGAUUGGUUACACGCACUCGUUUUAUUAGAAAAUCAACAUAAUUUACAAGCAGUUCAACAUUUAAUUCGACAACGACACUUAUGGUUAGAUCGACCUGAUUUGCUUAUCCGAGCUGCGAGACAUUACGAUGGUGCUACUCAAACAUUAAUAAAACAAGCUGUAUUAACAUGUCGUCAACGAUGUAACAAUGUAAUAAAAUCGAUUGACGAUAAGAAAUUAAUUCGUGAGGUUUUAGUUGAAUGUUCAGCUCGAUUGGAUUUAUCUGGUGGUUGGACUGAUACACCGCCUGUUUGUUAUGAACACGGUGGACAUGUGGUAAAUGUGGGUAUUUUAUUAAAUAAUAAACGUCCUGUUGGAGCUCGAGCAUUAUUAGAUCAUACAAAUCAGUUUGUCACAUUUGUAUUGAAAGGAAAUGAGUUUGGUGAGACAGAAGAUAAACGAUAUAUUUUAAAAUCAUUGACAGAUUUUCAGGAUUAUAAUCAGCCUCAUAUACCUUGUGCACUAUUAAAAACAUGUUGCAUAUUUACGGGCAUUAUUGAUUUGACUACAGAUGAAACAUUUGAACAACAAUUGAAAAAACAUUUCUUAGCAACAAAUGGAUUAAUACUGGAAGCAUGGUCUAAUAUACCUUACGGUUCUGGUUUAGGCACAAGUUCAAUUUUAGCCGGUGCUAUUUUACUAGCACUAUGGCAUUUAUUAGGUGUGGAUUUAGUGACAAAUGAUAUGAUUAUCCAUGGUGUUUUAGUUGUUGAACAAAUGAUGACGACUGGCGGAGGAUGGCAAGAUCAAUUGGGUGGACUAUUACCAGGAUUUAAAUUAGGAAUGAGUCGACCACAGUUACCAUUACAUGUCGAAUGGAAAGAGUUACAAGUAUCAAAUGAGACAAUGAAUCGAUUUGAUGAACGUCUUAUUUUGUUAUAUACGGGACAAACGCGGCUGGCAAGAAAUUUAUUACAAUGCGUUUUAAGAAAUUGGUAUUCUGGUUCGAUCACCAUGAAAAAUUUAUUUGAUGAUUUAGAGAAAAAUGCAAUGGUGGCUUCUGAAGCUAUUGAAAGAGGUGACAUAACCCAAGUUGGCCAGUGUAUGUCAAUAUAUUGGAAACAAAAAUUAAUGGUUGCACCUGGUGCUGAACCAGAAACUUGUCGUCGAUUGAUUGAUCUUUUAACACCGUAUAUUAGUGGUUGUACAUUAGCUGGUGCCGGUGGAGGUGGAUUCUUGACUGCUUUAGCUAAAACAAGUGAAGAUGCGUUAAAGUGUAAAGAGUUAAUCCAAAACGCCAACAUUCCACAUGUAUCAUAUUUUGAAGCGAAAAUCGAUCGUGUAGGACCAAAUAUAAAAAUCAAUUAA